AUGAGAGCACAACAGGACGCCUCUCAGCAUCCACAGGUUGCCGCGCGGCUCUCUCCUCCUCUCUGAGCAUCUUAGCAACCCAGACCUUAAGAGAUGAAGUAAUGAGUCGUCAGAGGACGCCCUUUGGAUUAACGGUUUAGACUUGGACUGCACAUAAAAGCUCGUGAGCAAAAACAACCAUGCCAAAUCCACAGCCUUGGGAGAACUCGACCAUAACCUGCCUGAACAACAAUUUUCUUGUAUUGCGCAGGACUUUUCUGUCGUAAAAAAAAAAUAUCUUGUCAACGUUUCUUUCGCCCGAGGACUGUGCGGUUUUUUUUUUGUAUUCGAGGCUAACCAUGCCACGGGUCCCUCGCUGCAGCUGCACAACGGUGACAAUAGCAGCAACAUAAUGGCAUGUAGGAGCGGCUGCUGCUGCGGCUCCGGUCCCAUAAACGAGGAUAACGCGAGGUUUCUGUUGCUGGCGUUGUUCAUCGUCAUUUAUCUCCUCUGUGGGGCCGCAGUCUUCUCCGCGCUGGAGCAGCCGAAGGAGCGCGAAGCCAAUGAGCGCUGGGCGCAGAGGUUCGAGCAGUUCAGCCAGAAGUACAACCUGAGUAAGAAAGACCUGAAUAACUUCCUCAGGAACUACGAGGAGGCGAACGUGGCGGGCAUCCGCGUGGACACAAUCAGACCUCGAUGGGACUUCACCGGCGCUUUUUACUUCGUGGGAACUGUGGUGUCAACCAUUGGGUUUGGGAUGACCACUCCUGCCACCAUUGGAGGAAAAGUCUUCCUGAUGUUCUACGGCCUGCUCGGCUGCGCAGCCACCAUCCUCUUCUUCAACCUCUUUCUGGAGCGUGUCAUCACCGUCAUCGCCGUCGUCCUCAAGUCCUGUCACCAGCGACGCCAUAACAAAGCUGUGCUCGCACCGAAUGGCCGGCAGGUCUCUGAGGGAAACAGAGCAGGCGAAGUUGGAGGAAGUGGAGGGGGGAAAGGGGCAGAUCUGGCCGGCUGGAAGCCUUCGGUCUACUGUGUCAUGCUCAUUCUAGGAGCGGCGGCCAUCUUGGUGUCCUGCUGCGCCUCGCUCAUGUACUCGGCGGCCGAGGGCUGGGGCUACCUGGACUCGCUCUACUUCUGCUUCGUGGCCUUCAGCACCAUCGGUUUUGGAGACAUGGUGAGCAGCCAGCGGGCCGUCUACGAGGGCCACGCCACGGUUGCGUAUCGCCUGGGCAACUUCUUCUUCAUCCUCACCGGUGUCUGCUGCAUCUACUCCCUCUUCAACAUCAUCUCCAUCGUCAUCAAGCAGGUCCUCAACUGGCUGCUGAGGAGGCUGGAGGCCCCCUGCCGCUGCUGUUUCCCCAGGAGGGGACAUCACCCGCACCGGCACCCCCGGCGGAACGUGGUGGCCCCGGGCCACCUGCGCGCCCGCAGGGACCCCUCCAUCGAGACAGACGCCAUCAACGAGAGCGAGACUGACAAUGGGCGCAGGAUGUCUGGGGAGAUGAUCUCCAUGAGGGACUUCCUGGCAGCCAACAAGGUGAAUCUGGCUAUUAUGCAGAAGCAGCUUUCAGAGAUGGCCAUUGGGCACCCGCGCCAGUCCAGCUCCAAUUCACGUCAGAACGGAUUCUCAGGAGGGGUGGGCGCCCUUGGCAUCAUGAAUAACCGGCUGGCAGAGACGAGCGUGGACAGAUAGGGGAAACAGCGUGAAUCCUUUUUUUAAAGGAUACAAAAGGCUGAGGGGAUAAGUCGAGUACGGACAAAUUGACACUGAGUACUGCCUUCCUUAAAAAGAGAACACUUGGUUGGUGUACAAGACAAAAUGUAUGACUACAUAAUUCAUCUAUUCCAUCGAUCCCCAGCAGCUACCAUCUCAGCCCACCUUCCUGUCAAGAACAUGGCUGCAUAAAUGAUGCGUGAUGGUUUGCUGGAGUCUCACAUCUGGACCAAGCUCAGUGUGCCGGAAUGUUCCCCUGUGAGGAACUCAGUUUCCAUGGUAAUAAAAAAAAAACCUGCCUAGAGCCCCUGUAUCUAAGCCUUAAAACAUGAUGCACUACAUGCUACUUCACAUCUAACCGCAACUUCCACUCAUCUACGUAGGCUACUUUACAAUACUCAAUAUGACUCUAACCAAGUCCAUACUGUGUCAGGCAUAGAAAUAGCUUCAUUAAAAUGGGUGUUUUGUGUCUAACAGUGGUUAUUAGGCCUACAUUAAGCUGGGUGUCAUGUAGCAAUGAUGAGCCCACUAUCAAUGGCACUCUAUUCACAUGAUUUGUAACCAUAUGUUUCACAGCCAUAUGCCAUUCAAUAGCCUCCAUCCUGGCAUUGCUUUCAUUCAUUAUCACGAAGAAAUAGAAGACAAAACCCCCCAAAAGACCUCAUACCAAACAGACCUAUGUCUAGCUGAAUGGGAAGUCUUCGGAGUCUGAGAUGAAACCGUUUUUUAAGAGACUGCUGUUUUUACUUUGGGGGUUUGCUGCACAUUAUCCCAGCAUGGACGCAGACAUGAGGACAAAUUUUACACCCUGAUGUUGUCCGACAAGCCCUGUAGGUGGUUGGUAUUGAUAUAAAUGCAGUGAAACAAGUCGCUCCAGGGAUUAUUAUUUGAUUUUAGCUCAGCAGUGUUUAUGUUUUCCCUGUAGUCUGGAUUCAACGCAAGUGCAGUAAACAAAAAAAGGACAACAGACAGAGAUUGAUAUUAACAUUUCCACGGAGUGAUUGCCAAGUGGGAGGACAACUUGUGGACAAUAUAUUAAGCUUGAUUAAAGGGUAACUAUCGUUUUUUUUUCAACCUGGAUGUUUUUGUGUCUAAGUGACUGAUGGGAACAACAAUCUUUAACAUUGGUCUAGUAUUAAGCCAGAUCGCUGCAGUCGGCAGUAGCGAAACAAGCUACAAUGUAAGUUAAUAGGGCAAUUGUCCAGCUUGCAUUUACCUUCACAAAACUGUUUUGCCACUGACAGGCUCAGAUUAAUAUUCUAAGUGUCUGACAACAUUAUGGAAAGGAUUUCUAAGGAGGUCGACGUUUCUGUUAAAGAGUAACAUCCUUUUUUUAAACAUAAAACCAUCCGCGAAAUUGCAUUCCAUAAACCCACCAAACUCCAUGUAAAUAAACAGUAAUUUUAGCAUCGUAAAAUACACUUCCUUCAAAGUCGACAGAAA